AUGGCAAAUCAAUCUGAUAAAUUCUGUGACAUUUGUCAACGGAUGAAUAUAUCAAAACCAGCAGAUACAUUUUGUCCUCAAUGUGAGGAUUUUCUGUGUGGGGCUUGUCAGAAUCAUCAUAAGGUAGAAAAGUUAUUGAAUUCAUAUCAAACAAUUUCUAUUGUUGAAUAUAUUAAAUUGCCUACGUUUAUAAAGAAUGUCAACAUUAAAUGUGCGGAUCAUGAAAACAUCUUUGAAUUUUAUUGCAAAACCCAUGACAAUCUAUGUUGCAAACGAUGCUUGAUAACAAGUCACAAUGACUGCAAUGAGAUAACACAUAUUGAAGAUCUUCUGUCUAUGUCUGCAUCACAUAAAACAUCAGCGUUAGAUGAUAUUGAGCAAAUACUUAAAUGUUUAAGUACAAACAUUCAUACCGCCAUAGAUGACAGAAAAAGAAAUCUUUACGAAAUUCAACAACAGAAAGACAAAUUAUUAGGAAAGAUAAAAGAAAAAAGAAGAGGAAUUAACAAUUUGCUGGAUCAAUUUGAAAAAUCGUUACUUCAAGAAUUGUCAGCAGUAGAAAAGGAAAGUAACCAAAAAAUGGAGAUGGUUAUUAAAGAGUUAGAAAAUCGAAGUAGCAAAAGUAUACAACUUCAAAGCGAUAUUGCUAUUAUGAAACGCUGCACAUCAAACUUCCAGAUUUUCAUGGGGGUAAGAGAAAUGACAGAGCAUGUCUCGUCUGAGGAAAAGCACAUCAAAUCAAUUUGUAAUGGCAGUUUGAACAACGUCACCAUAGAAUGCAUAUUUAAUGAUCAACUAAAUACUUUUUUCGAAAACAUUAACACUCUUGGGAAGAUAGAAAUGAAAACCAUUAAAUCGGAAAUCUCCUUUUCCUGGGCUGAUGAUAAAACUGCACAACUGUAUACUCCCCGCCAAAAAGCAAGACCAUUUAAAGAUAUUCAGGUCGAACUUGUGCAUCGUAUUAAUACACAUGGUCCAGUCCAUGGCUGUGUGAUAACACCCAGUGGGAAAAUAUUAUUAACUGAUUACAACUACGGCAUGUUUAAAUAUGAUAAAAAUGGAGGCUUUGAGACUAGGAUAAAUGUCAAAUCCUCUCAUGCUUUUAGUCUUUCGGUUGUGGAUGAAACAACAGUUGCUAUUUCGGCAGGUGGAUGGGAACAAAACCUAGUCUUAGUUGAUAUUAACAGUGGUAACAUAGUCAAGGAGAUUCAGAUGAGUGAUUGGUGUUUCGGCAUUAGUUUCCAAAAUGGAUCAUACAUAGUAAGUACAAAUAGCAAAGGAAUUCAAAUCAUUAGAACGCCUCAAGAAAACGUAACAAAUGUAAUGAGUGUUUCAGGAGUUCACGGAAAUGAUUCUUAUAUAACAUCAUGCCAAAACUUUAUUGUUCAUUCUGACUGUACUUCUGAUGCCAUCAUAUGUUAUAACUUGAAGGGAGGAGUUCUAUGGAGUUACAAAGACCCUAUUUUGAGAACACCAUGCGGUAUCACCUUAGACUCUGAUUCAAAUAUCUACGUUGCCGGUUCGGCAUCAAACAAUAUAGUAUUGAUAUCACCAGAUGGAGUAAACGCUAGGCAGCUAUUAGAUUCCAGCCAUGGAAUAUUAGAUCCCCGUGCAAUUUAUUAUGAUAAAAAAGAUAAUGUUUUGCUAGUGGCAAAUUAUAAAGGAUCUGCAUUUGUAUACGCUAUUUCGUAA